GUUUCAACUGUCACAGUAAAAUCAGCUUUAGUCAUGGAGGAAGGAGGAAAUCGGGACAAACCAGCUUGUCACAUGACUGAAGAGCAUUUAUUACGCCACAGUUUCCACUAUAAUGUGCUCUGUGGGUCCAGUCAACUGUGUGGGAGUGACUAAAGUUACCUUGGAGUGUCAGCGGACUGGUUGAGAGGAGCAGGACUUCGGACAGAGUAGGAGAAUGUGAACUGGCAACUUGUCAAUGAGUUUAUAGACUGUGUGUGGGUGUGUGUGUGUGUGUGUGUGUGUGUUGACAUGUGUGUACCCUCAGCAGUUCCACUGCCUGCUCUGUAGCGCUCCUCCUCAGCAGAAAGCGAUCAAUGGAUUUCCGCCAACUGUGCUCGUUUGAAACGUUCCUGCAGGUCUCCGACCAGUACGGUUAUGGUGGGAGGCUGGAAGACGUGGUCGAGCAGGAGUUCGCUCGGAUCAAAGGAACCACCUACCUGGAUCAUGCAGGAGCCACCCUGUACCCCGAGUACCUGCUCAGGAACUAUGGCCUGGAUUUAUCAAGGAAUGUCUACGGGAACCCUCACAGCCAUAAUCCCAGCAGUAGAUUGACACAUGACACCAUAGAGAGGGUCAGAUACAGGGUAUUGCAGCAUUUCAAUGCCACCCCUGAGGAGUACUCUGUGAUUUUCACUUCUGGUUGUACAGCCGCACUCAAAUUAGUGGCACAGAGCUUUCCCUGGAGGCCGCAGACUGCGAGCGAAGCGGGGAGUCACUUCUGCUUCCUCAAUGACAGCCAUACCUCUGUAGUUGGCAUAAGAGGGUUUACUUCUGGCCGGGGGGUAGUUACCCUGCCUGUCUCCCCACAGGACGUGGUAGACAGGGCAAAAAACGAGCCCCGGGGUGAAGAUGAUAUUUGCCAGACACCGCACCUUUUCUGCUACCCGGCACAGAGCAACUUCUCUGGGAGGAAGUAUCCCCUUAGCCAUGUGAAAGGCAUCCAGGCAAGAAGCCUCUACCCAGCGUGCGACCACCAAGGCCGCUGGUUUGUGCUCCUCGAUGCCGCCUCUCAUGUCGGCUGUUCCCCUCUAAACCUACAGGAGUGCCCCGCCGACUUCAUUCCCAUCUCCUUCUACAAGAUGUUUGGCUUCCCCACAGGUCUCGGGGCCCUGCUUGUCCGUAAAGACGCAGCAGGCAUACUAACAAAGUCUUAUUUUGGAGGAGGCACAGCAGCAGCGUACCUUUCUGGAGAAGAUUAUUAUGUGCAUUCAGCAAACAUUUCUGACAGAUUUGAAGAUGGAACUGUCUCUUUCUUGGGCAUUGUUGCUCUGAAUCACAGCUUUGAAGCUCUUUACAGGAUCACAGGGGGCAUGCAUAACAUCCAACAGCACACGUUUGGCUUGGCCCGCUACACUUACAUGCUGCUGUCAAGUCUUUGCCAUGGCAACGGGCAACCGGUGGCUUUGAUUUACACCGAAGGCCAGUUUGAAUGUUCGAGCACACAGGGUGCAAUUUUAAACUUUAACCUAAUGGAUUCUCAUGGAUCGAUUAUUGGGUAUUCUAAGGUGGACAGAAUGGCCAGUCUGUACAACAUUCACGUGCGCACAGGCUGCUUCUGCAACACAGGCGCCUGUCAGUCCUUCCUCGGGAUCACAGAUCAGCAGAUGAGGAGAAACCUGCAGGCCGGCCACGUCUGUGGAGACACCAUCGACCUGGUGGACGACCAGCCUACCGGAUCGGUUCGCGUGUCCUUUGGCUACAUGUCAACAUUUGAAGACUGUCAAAAGUUCCUGAACUUUGUUGCUGAGUGCUUUGUGGAGAAACCAGUCACAGUGGACCAAAAGAAACUCGAAAAGCUAAAAACAUUCACAUCGACAUCCCCGGGCUCAAAUGAAGAUCCGCCGACCAAAAUUUCUAAUGGAGAAAUAUAUAAAGGAGAUGAGAAGGAGCCCACAGAACCAUCACUGAAGGGAUUUGGGCACAGAGACUCAGAAAGCCACGGGGAGGCUUAUACUCUCACCAGCAUCUACAUAUAUCCCAUCAAAUCAUGUGGAGCACAUGAGGUGCACGACUGGCCGGUGGGACCACAGGGUUUACUCUACGACAGAGGCUGGAUGGUUGUGAACGCAAACGGCGUGUUUCUGAGUCAGAAGAGAGAAACACGUUUAUGCCUAAUUCACCCACAGGUCCACAUGCCUUCAAACAAAUUGCUCCUGCAGGCUUCAGGAAUGAACACCAUUUCUGUUCCUUUGGAAAACAACACUCCAAAGCAGACAAGCCAUCAGGUGUGCCAGAGCAAAGUUUGUGGUGACAGGGUGGAGACUGUCGACUGUGGGGAUGAGGCUGCUUCGUGGCUUUCAGAUUUUCUUGGACAGCCGUGCCGUCUGAUAAGACAAAGUCCUUAUUUCACCCGAGACAUGAAGAAGAGCCCGAGUGGAGCUGCCACCUCCACAUCCCUCUCCCUGGUGAAUGAAGCUCAGUAUCUCAUGAUCAACCGUGCCAGUGUGGAGCUCAUUGAGAAACAAAUGAGCCGCAGUCGGGACUAUUCUGAGGGCGAUCAGCUCCUUGACACACAGAAUGUCAUUAGCCGCUUCCGAGCCAAUUUAGUCAUCACUGGAGUCGAACCAUUUGAGGAAGAUAAUUGGUCACACUUGAUUAUUGGCAACACUCGAUUCGUGGUGGCAGGGCAGUGCGGAAGGUGCCAGAUGGUGGGAGUAGACCAGGAAACAGGGACCAAAACAAAAGAGCCGCUUAUGUCUCUGUCUGCUUACCGCAGAGGGAAGGUGACUUUUGGUGUGUACCUGACCCAUCAGCUACCCAAGGGCUCCCUCUCUGUUGGCUGCCUCAUACACCCUGAGCCCCUCACUUCGUGAAGAGGCCAGCUGCAUCAACAGCCUCUUUUAUUUAUUUUGGUGACAUCUUUGGUCCUCACCACUCACGACCUAGAUCCCAUGUCAUACACUGUGGGGACUUUCUGCAGAUGGUGCUCUCUCAGUGACAUUUGUUCUCUGGAAUGUCCUUGUCACAGUCAAAUUGUAUUCCCUCCAAGUCUGAUUCGAUGGAGAAUGUAAUGAGAUUUCCCCCCCCCCCCCCCCCACCAUUAUGUUCUUUAAAGCAUGUGUGGUAAAGUAGAUUUGAAGUACUCAUUGCAUGACAAAAUUACAAUUUGGAUAUGUUGCCUUUAUUUUGGGCAAAAACAAGUCAGGCUUGAUGCUUUAAUCACAGUUCAUGUUAACCUCCCAGACAGCUCUUCCACAGUUUUCACCCUAGGAGGUUUAUAUUGCUAUUUAUUCCAAACACAACACCACUCUAGCUGCUGCCAGAAUUCAGAAACAUGUUGCUCGCUUUAACAAAAAACCCUACCAGAAAUCCAGUGCUCGGUACGUACUCCCAAGGGGUGCUGAAUUGGACAUACUAUUUUAUGCCAGGACGUGUAAUAAUUUGAAAAGAGCAGUAAGGUUAGGUUUCAUGGCCAGCAGACAUUUAAUUCUCCGAGUAAUAUGCUUGAAUAUAAAGUGUAUAUGUGCUGUACUGAUCUGUCAAUGUCUGGUAGUAAAACUGGUCCUAUGUUGCUCGCCUAUGUAGGAGUUAAAGAAAAAGGUGGUUCCCGAGUAUCCCAAGGUUUUAUUAAUGCUGAUAGCAAGUUUGCCAAUGUUUGUGUGUGUGUGUGUGUGUGUGUUUUCAAUUGUAUUUGUACAGCGCCAAAUCAUAACAUACAUUAUCUCAAGGCACUUUACAUAAAAGGUCUAGACCUUAAAAUUAAGAUUAAUUUAUUAAUUAAUGAAAUAAUGUUUGAGUGUUUAAGUGUGUGGUGGUCCAUUACUGCUUAUGUUUUGUGGACCAUAAUCUGUUUACAUCAGGGUCCCCAGAAAAAAUGGGAAUCUUUUAUUUUCACUAUAAUUUCAUCCAAGUGACACACUAUUCCUGAAUUUCAUAAACUUCCUGAAAUGAAACCAAAAAUAUAAAAUGGGGAUCAAAGGUCUACUUUGUGUCAGUAAAGGGAUCAGAGCCACAUUAUGGAGACCCCUUAAGUCCCCAUAUUUUAAAUAUUUCAUUGUACAGGGUGAAGACAUAUAGAUUAAGGUUCAUGUGAGGGUUAGGGUUAGGCCUAGUAAUUUAGGUUAAGGUAAAUUAAGGUUAAUCUCCAAGCAAUCAAUGCAAGUCAAUGCAACGUUCUCUAAAGUCAUGACUGUGUUUGUGUGUGUGUGUGUGUGUGUUUGUGUGUGUGGCAAUAUUUAAAGCCCUUACAAAUAAAAGUCGAAUUAAAUUUAGAUGGAUGACAAAUUUUGGAACUGCCCAUGUAAAGUGCCUUGAUAAUGGCGAUGGGCACCGUCCAAAAAAAGUAAUUCCAGAAUAUUUCAGUUUGGUUGAGAUCUGUUGACUUCAUAGGCCAUUGGAAAUGAUUCACCUCAUUUCAACACUGGUCACCUCCUUCAGUGACGCAUUCACUCUGGCUCUGCCUUCAGUAUGUCACUCAUCUCUACCUCCUACUGGUGCACAGUCUGCACAGCUUUAAAUUGAUUUAAUCUGCACUGUUUUGUUUAUUAAAAACAGACAAUGACUUGUGAAAUAAUUGAAUUGAUCAAAGAAUAUUUAAAAUAGUCGUAUAAGUAUGGCACAUACUGUGUAUGACCAUAUAUAAUGUCACAGUGUAAUUUGUAUAUUGAAGAAUGUUUUUUAAUCGAAUUGUAAGAUACUUUUUGUGUCAAGGGACCUUCAUUGCCAUACCAGAACAAAGAAUGUGUCAGAUUUAAUCAUAAACCGUAAAUAAACAUUGAUGACACAUC